AUGAUUUGGUUAUCGAAAGCAAUAUUUAUAGUAGUGUUUACGGCACUAAUACUUGAUGUUGCCGGUAGAAGACACCACCAUACGCACAACGAGGGUAGUUAUGAAGAAAUCGACACUAACGAUGUUUAUGAAUGGUUAUGCAGAAAUAAUCCAUUAGCUGCAUACAUAAACUUCUGCCAGACUACUACAACACCUCACAGCACUAUAGCAUCAACGACAGACGAUACAUCUACAUCAAGUUCUUCUACAACUACAUUCGAAUUAGAAACAACUACUCCUAGUACUGAAGAGACUACCAGCAGUCCAACAUCUCUUGAACGUGCUCAUUGGUGUCAUCUUCUUAAUGGCACAUAUUUACCACUUGGUCAUACAUUCAUGUACACAGCUUGUGCAUUGUGUCAAUGUACAUCAACACGUGCUGUUCUUUGCACUACACUUCGUUGUAUGAAUACAUAUUGUAUUGAUAAUUCUGUACCAAGUGCUAGACCAGGACAAUGUUGUGCACAAUGUUCAUAUGAAGAAAACUCAACUUCAUGCGAAUAUAAUGGUAUCACAUUUCCACAUGGUACAAUCGUCAAAAGUACAAAAAAUAGUGCACGAUGCUGGUGUCAACUAGGAACUAUUGAAUGUCGUAGAUCUGCAGUUUCUAUUUUUGCAGCAUUAGAUUUAUGGGGUAGUGGUACAGCAAUUUAUGUUAUUAUAGUAUUCGUAUUAAUUGUAUUACUUGUUGGUACAUUACUUUGCUGUACUUGCACAGCUUUUUAUUAUUAUUAUUAUCAACGUAAUCAACAUCUUGUGCAACAAGUUUAUGAUCAAUAUUGGAAUAAUGCUGGAUGGCAACCAAUGAGUGAAGAAGGAUAUGUUGAUGGUAAUGUCGAUGAAAAACAAGUAGAAGCUGAACAAAUCCAGCAUGAUAAUGAUUAUCCAACUGGUAAUUCAGAAGAAUAUAUUCCACCACCAUAUGCACUUUACAAUGGUUCUUAUGUAGCUGACGAAAAUGCAAAAGAUCAAAAACAUAUCUGA